AUGGACAGCAGUUCUCAUUCUCAGUCCUCUGUUUCUCCUCUCUCCAUCUCACCACCUGCAUCGAAUCAUCCAUUGGAGAAGAACUCGCCCUCUGAAGAGACUCAGCUGCAUCUGCCACUUGGAGGCAAUCAUUCCUCUCAAGAGAAUCACACUGCCAUCAAUAACUCAACACGUGAGGAUAACUCUACUCAGAAACACAACUCUAGUAUCAAAGAUACCUCUGCUACAAUGACGAAAGAAAAGGUUGAGCUCUCGGCCAUCAUUGGCAUUCGCAGCCAAGAGCACAUCCGGAUCCUAGAUGCCAUCGAUCGCAUGCGUGAUCUGGGAGUCAACGAGGAUCUCUCGAUUCCGCAGAUCGUGGUUGUGGGUGACCAGUCUAGCGGAAAGUCAUCCACCCUGCAGGCUAUCACGCAACUCCCCCUCGCCGUCGACAGUGAACUCUGUACUCGUUUCGCAACGCAAAUUGUCCUUCGUCGCACGCCCGAGUCCUCUGUCAAAGUGUCAAUCAUUCCUGCCUCGAGUGCAGAUGAAGCGACGAAGAAGCAUCUCCAGAGUUUCUCACGUUCUUUUACGGAAGAUGAAUUUGACGGUCAUGCUUUUACGAAAGUCGUUAAUGAGGCCGCUGAGCACAUGGGGCUGCCUGGUCCGGGAGUUGAAAAGAGCGAGGACUUUGAGAAAAGGUUCUCUGGAGACGUGCUCAAGAUUGAGCUCUCUGGCCCGGAGCAGCUCCAUCUGAGUGUUGUUGACGUUCCUGGACUCUUUCACAAUCCUACCAAGUAUCAGACAAAGGAAGAUCUGGAGAUUGUCCGAGAACUGAUUUCGAACUACAUGGAGAACCCAAGGAGCAUCAUUCUCGCCGUUAUGGAUUCCCGAGUCAACAUCUCCAAUCAAGAGAUCUUUCGCCUUGCACGAGGCUUCGACAAAGACGGCUUUCGUACCGUUGGGGUGAUCACCAAAUGCGAUGCUCUGCAGCCUGGCGACGAGAAAGAGUUUCUGAUUAAGAAUCGGUCGACUCAGGAUAUUCUGGACGGAGUCACUUUGAAGCAACGCAACAUCCAGGAAAAGAAGUUCUUCCAAUCCCAACCGUGGAACAUGAUUCCCAAGGAGAGAGUCGGAAUCGACUCUUUGAAAACAUUCCUUGGACAGCUGCUUCUGGAUCACAUCCGCAAAGAAUUUCCCCAGCUAGUCAGCGAGAUCGAAACUCUGGCCGCCAAAACCGAAAAGGAGCUCGAGGGCUAUGGGCCAUCGCGUCAGUCUUCCACCGAACAGCGCCGGUACUUGACGAAAAUGGCGAUCGACUAUCAAAAGCAAGUCAGCGACUCUCUCAAUGGGCUCUAUGACGCGAACUUGGCAUCCGGCCAUCCAUCCAAACUCAGAUUGUAUAUACGCAACCUGAACGAAUCCUUUGCCAAGAAAUUUAUGUCUCAUGGUCACAAGAGAAUUUUUAAGGCCGUUGACGGUAACUUUGACUCUGAAUUCAAGCGGAAGAGCAAGGAUCCCGAGGAUGAUAUCUACGAGUGGAUCCGAACCGUCUACCGCGAGUCAAAGGGAGUAGAACUGCCUGGGACGGUCAACCCCAUGGUGGUGGAAUACGUUUUCCGCGAGCAAUCUACCCCUUGGAAACCCUUGACGGAAGAAUAUCUCUCCAAAGUUAAAGAAGUCGUUGCAAAGUACCUGGGAUAUAUCUUUCCAAACGUGAUCGGAGAUCCAGACGUCUGUUCCAAGCUCACGACUUUCCUUCGUCCUCGGAUUGUCGAUGGGUUCGCGAGAGCAGAAGAGGAACUGCAGAGAAUCCUGCAGGAUGAACGUGAGGGAAUCCUGCAGACGGUGAAUCACUACUUGGCCGAGAACAUCGGCAAAAUCCGUCUGGAAAGGAUCCAAGCUCGCCUCAAAAAUGUUGGUUUCAACUCUGACGGUCAAUAUCACUUCGUUUCUCUCUCGAUGCUUACCGAGACCAUCCAUCUCAGCAACGAGGAUCAAGCCGUAUACGACAUCCAUGACAUCCUCAAGUCGUAUUACAAGGUCGCCGUGAAGCGUUUCCUCGACAACGUCGUCAUCCAGGUCGUGGAGCGACACAUUCUGGGGAAAGAAGGUCCUCUCAAGCUCUUUUCUGCCAAGCUUGUGGCCGACCUGUCGGACGACGACGUCGCCUUCAUCGCUGCCGAGAGCUACAGCACCUCCGCGGCUCGAGCGGAGCUGAAGUCCAAGCUGCAAAGACUUCGCCAGGCACUUGAAGUGGCUGGUAGCAUUCCACGGUAG